AUGGUGCACAAACACCAAACUGAAGUUUCUGUCACUAACAGUGGAACAUCUGUUACCAAAUGGAUUCCUCCAUCCUCACCUUAUUACUCUAUAUGCUGUGAUGCGUCUUUUAAAUCUGUUAAUAAUGCUGAACACUUUGGAUGGGGAAUGAUCGGUCGUGAUUUUGCAGGUCAAUUCAUCCGAGAUGAAUGCACCUAUGCUAAUGGAAUUGUGAACGCAGAGGAAGCUGAGUACAAGGGAUUGAUUCAGGCUAUGCAAGUUGCUGAAAAUCUUGAGCUACAGAUGGUGUGCUUUGAGUUAGAUGCGAAGCUGGUUAUCAAGGCUGUAAAUGGAGACAUACAAGCAGUUGCAUGGCAGAACCAAUUCCUAAUUUUAGAGAUAAGAUCUUUUCUAAGAAAACAUCCUUUAUGGGUUUGCAAAUUUUUAACUAGAAAGUUUAAUAAGCCAGCUGAUAGAUUGGCUAGGCAUGCGAGAAAUCUGAGAGUGUCCAAUACUUGGCAUGCUUAUCCUCCAAACUUCAUUGCUUCUGUAAUCUUGGAGGAGGCAGCAAACUAUGUUCACAAUUAUUCUUAA